AGGUCAGUGGCUAUCUCAAUCUCCUGGCCAACACUGUUGAUAAUUUUACACACGGUAUGGCGGUGGCAGGCAGUUUUUCUGGUCAGUAGAAAGGUUGGAAUACUCACAACCGCAGCCAUUUUGUUGCAUGAGAUUCCCCAUGAGGUCGGGGAUUUUGCCAUCCUCCUCCGCGCUGGUUUUGAUCGAUGGAGUGCUGCUAGGAUGCAGCUGAUGACUGCGAUGGGGGGCAUCCUGGGGGCUGGCUUUGCUGUUUGCGCUCAGUCACCCAAAGGGGCAGGAGAAGCAGUAGCUUGGAUUUUACCAUUUACGUCCGGGGGAUUUCUCUACAUUGCAUUGGUUAAUGUAUUACCCGAUCUUCUAGCAGAAAAAAGUAUACGG